GGCAUCUUUGUUCCAGAGGAGUUCCCGUCUUAACCAAUCGUCUGACAGUGGGCGGAGUCAAGCCAAGUCAGGCCUAAUUGUGUCCUUCUAAAAUCACAUUGAUAAACAAUUAACUACAGUAUAUUAACACAGUGUGUGUUUCUAAAUACCCAUCAUUCCAAAAAGUGACGUUUUAUUCAUGUCAUCGAGUUGUGUGUUGUAGUCAAAACCCCGUCACCAGGAGAGCGCUACAAGAAAAUGUUGUAACCCGAUAAUACAGAAGAAGCCUAGAUUAGCAUUUGGCUAACAUUUGAACGAAAUGUUACGAAACAUUGAACGCAGCUCGAGGAUGUCAGUGACUUCCAGUUGUAUUGAACGCGUACACACAUUAUAACCCUUCACUUCGACCAGGCGGUGCUUGUGGACAGAACCUUGUACAUUUCCGGUCAGCUGGGGAUGGACGUGGCUUCUGGUCAGCUGGUCGAUGGAGGGGUGCAGGCUCAGGCCAAACAGGCUUUGGUCAAUAUGGGGGAGAUCCUAAAAGCGUCUGGCUGCGACUACACUAAUGUGGUGAAGACGACAGUGCUGCUUGCAGACAUCAACGACUUUAAUGCUGUCAAUGAAGUGUACACGACAUUUUUCAGCAGUAACUUCCCUGCCAGAGCCGCUUACCAAGUGGCUGCGCUCCCUCGAGGCGGUCUGGUGGAAAUCGAGGCGGUGGCGGUCCUUGGUCCUCUCUCCGAUUCCUGACUAGGCAGCUAUAUUAAGUUACAGCAAAUAUCAAGACUAUGAUUUUCUUUAUACACAUGUCCCAACAUGAGCCACUUUCAACACUGGCGUUUAUAUAUAAAAACCCCAAUUAAGAGAUAAGCACUUAAUAGGCCAGUGUUUGGAUUGUGGCACAAUGAUGUGAUGUGUUUUAAUAACCACUGUAAUGUGAAAAUAAAGAAGCAUAA